GGCUGCUGCGCCUCUCUACUGUCGCGUAACGACGACGACCAAACCCCCUACCCGCACUCAUCCUCGAAUUACCCCAGCGCCGGCCAUGCCGAUACCUCGCAAGGGCGACGCCGAGCCCCGAACCUCCCUCUAAACCAGCACUACAACGAGCCGGUACGCAACCAUGUUUGGACCAGCAAGCGGCGGACCUGGACGCGCUCUCAGAUAGACCGCGAGCGAGCGGAAUUCUUCGAAACGCGCGUAACCGGCCGAGCAGAGAUCUGGGCCGCGGUCUCGACCGCCAUUUCACUAAUGCGCAGUGGCGACUUGGUCACUGCGCAAGGCAUCAUUGAUGCGGCGGGGAUUACGGUCCCCACUGGUGACCUUUGUGAAGGAUGUUACGAUGAACAGGGCGUGCUUUACCGCCUUCCGCAGUGUAUUGUUAGUGAUCCAGAUAAUAUGGCUGUUUCUUCCCAUUCCCUAGAUGUGGAAGGGGGUCGUGUUGACGAGGACCUGGAUCAUGAGGCGCUUUCCGAUGGUAAGCUUGCCCCGGAUGAUGCUUCCGGGGAUGAGUUGAUAUCUCAGGAUAUUGAGCGCCGUCGUGAUGAGAAGGGGAAGACUAGUGAGCGGGAUUUGAUCCGCGUACUGGCUCGGCUGAGUGAAGGUGGUGGGCCAGAUAUCUUGAUCUCUAUGAACAAGGGUCAGACUGUGGGCUUUUUGGCCAGGAAGGUACAUCAGGAGGCUAAUCUUGACGCUGAUAGGCGCGUUCGAAUCGCCUACCUCGGUCAUUUCUUGAAUGAGAGAGAGCCCCUGAUUGAGCAGAAGUGGCAAGCUGGACAUGUUGUCAAUGCUUUGGUCGUUGCACCUGUUGGUGGUCUAGGCUUCAGACCUCGAUCGUAG